AUGGACAUCAUGUCAUCCAUCACACAGGACAAAUGCAAGAAGUUGUCUGAGCCUUCCACAGGGCAGUUUGCUAUAUCAUGCGCACUCUUGGGAUGGCUUUUGGUUUCCUAUAUCCCCCAAUUCGCGCGCAUCAUUGGCCGCAAGUCGGCAGAAGGUCUCUCAACUCUGUACAUUCUUCUCGGCUCUAUCUCUGGAACCUGUGCCGUGGCCAAUAUCAUGGUCUUGCCUUCUAGUCAGACGGAUAUCGCUUGCUGUAGACAUUACACACGCUUCGGAUGUAUCUCUCGUCUGCUGGGUAUUUUCCAGGUCGUCAGUGGUGUUUCUUUGUUCUGGUGCAUUAUGUUCCUCUACGUCUACUUCUCAGAAGAAGAGGCAGAUGCCGAACUCCAUGGUCGUCGCCGCUCUCUGUCAUCUCCAGACCGCACUUUCCGUCGUGCUCGCCGCGCUAACCGUCUUCUGAUCAUUGUGGUUGCUUUCGCAUUCGCUAUCAUGCUCAUCAGUGCUGUCAUCUUGAACCGCUUCCCUUGGUACUCGCAGGAAUGGGCUAAUGUAUUGGGAAUCGCUGUUGCUUGCUUUGCUUGCGUGCAGUGGGUGCCGCAAGUAUGGACCACUAUCCAUCUUGGCCAUCUUGGAAGUUUGAGUUUGGCGAGUAUUUGUAUGGGUGCACCUUAUACAUGGAUCUUCGGCAUUAACAUGAUCGUCCGCCUUGGUCUUGCCGGCUGGUCAGUCUGGAUCGUCUACGUGCUCGUCGGCAUAAUGCAGCUCACUCUCAUUGUCACCGCCAUCAUCUACAUGAUCCGCGACAACCGCAAGGCUCGCCGUGCUGACGCUACUUCCGCAACUGCUUCCUCUACCAGAAGAGAUGUCUCGGAGUCUCCUAGUACCAGAGCUUUGAGACCCCAGUUGCAAGCUUGGAACAGCUUUGCUGCUGGUACGAACGGAGAUGCUGAGGGCGAUAGUGAGAGGACGCCUUUGCUGGCUGCUAGAAAUAAGCAUGUUGAGGAGACUGCUAGUCCCAGACGUGUUGGCUAG